AUGGAUACUUCAACACCAUCAUAUCUUGCAAUCAAUAAAUUACUUGCAUCACUUUCUGGUGUAUGGCCACAUCAACCGAUUGUAACAAAAAAUAUUGUGUUUAUUAUCAUGUUGAUAUUAACAAUAAGUCAAUCAUAUUUUCAGAUUUACGGUGCAAUAUUGGCUCGUUCAAAUGUUGAUUUAUUCUUAGAAACAAUACCAAAUAUUCUUGUGGAUUUUAGUGUCGCUGCAAAAGUUGUUAAUUGUUUUUUUAACAGUAAAAAAAUGAAAAAAUUGUUGAUUACUUUGGAGAAAGAUUGGAUCAAAUUUAAUUCUGAAGGUGAAAUUCAAAUUUUAAAUGAACACGGUGUGAGAGCUAGAAAAUUGACACUCACGUAUUUUAGUGUUAUUUGUGGAACAAUCACACCAUUUAUGGUGAUUCCACUGGUGCCAAUAAUUUAUAAUAAUUUUGCUCCGGCGAAUGGAACUUUACCAAAACAAAUGUUAUAUGCUCAAUAUGAUUAUUUAUUUAAUUUACAAGUUAGUUAUUAUCCAGUGUUGAUUCACAGUUACAUUGCAACAUUUGCAUUUAUCAAUGACAUCAUUGCAAUCGACACAAUGUGCAUGGUUUUUGUACAACAUGGAUGUGCAUUAUUUUCAAUUAUUGGGUAUAAUCUCGAACAAAUUGAAAUCAAUAGCACCAUUAAAAAUGAUAUAAAUCAUUCAAGAUUCAAUGACAAGGCAUAUCACCAAAUGUCAGAGUGCAUCAGGAGGCACAAUCAUGCAUUAAAGUAUGCAAAAUUGAUUGAAGAUGCACACAAUGUAUCUUAUUUUUUUCAAAUUGGCAUUGACAUGAUUUGUUUUAGUUUUACCGGUUUUCAAAUUGUUGAUAAAUUAGACACUGCACCAGAUGUAUCAAUAAGAUUUGCAGCAUUUACAUCAACUCAACUUGCUGGUCUUUUUUUGCUAAGUUAUCCAGCUCAACAAUUAUUUGAUUACAGUGUUAAAAUCUAUGAUGACAUUUAUAAUGCAGGAUGGUACAAAACUUCACUAAGAACUCGUAAAUUAUUUAUCAUUAUGUCAAUGAGAAGUCUCAUUCCUUGCCAAAUAACAGCAGGAAAAUUUUAUGUUCUUGAUCUUGCCAACUUUGGAAAGAUCGUCAAAACAUCUCUGUCUUACAUUACAGUACUCAUAUCUAUGAAAUAG